AUGGAGCCUCCAGCAUGGAGGUUCAUUUUCUCUCGAGCCUUGAAGGCGUGGCUCGAACCCGUCAACAUCUCAAUCUUCACCAUGUCUUCCACUGAGAAAGAAGUGCCCCACGGCACCCACUUCGAGGGCACUGAAGACCACGCCAUCAGUGCUGCUCCCGUCCAUGACAGCAUUCACAACGCAGCUGGAAAGGGUCAACUUGCAACUGACAAAUAUGGUCACUCCCUCGUCGAGUUUGACCCCGUAGCUGUGCGAAAGCUUCGGUGGAAGCUCGACUUGCACACAAUUCCAACCGUGGCAUUAUUGUAUCUCUUCUGCUUCAUCGACCGUGCGAAUAUCGGUAACGCGAGAAUCGCCGGACUCGACAAGGACCUCGAGCUCAAAGGCUACGACUACAACGUGAUCCUCUCCGUCUUCUACAUCUCGUACAUCCUCUUCGAGAUCCCAGCCACAAUCGCAUGCAAAUGGAUGGGGCCCGGCUGGUUUCUGCCCGUCACCACCCUCUUCUUCGGCAUCGUCUCCAUCUGCACCGCCUUCGUCCAGGACAAGGCCGCCAUCUGCGGCGUGCGCUUCCUCCUCGGCAUUUUCGAGGCCGGCAUGCUCCCCGGAAUCGCCUACUACCUCUCGCGAUGGUAUCAGCGCGCCGAGCUGACCUUCCGGCUGUCCCUGUACAUGGUCAUGGCCCCGCUCGCCGGGGCCUUUGGCGGCCUGCUCGCCUCGGCGAUCCUCACCCUCGACUCCUUCGGUAGUCUGCACCACUGGCGCAUGAUCUUUGCUAUCGAGGGCAUCGUCACCAUCGUUCUGGCUCUCAUAUCCUUCUUCACUCUCACAGACCGGCCCGAGACGGCGCGGUGGUUGACGCAGGAGGAGAAGGACCUCUGCAUCGCCCGCGUCAAGUCGGAGCGCGUGGGCGCCACCGAGGUGAUUGACAAGAUUGACAAGACGAAGCUCAAGCGCGGCAUGCUCAACCCCGUCACCCUCGAGAUCGCCGUCAUCUUCCUCUUCAACAACAUCACGGUGCAGGGGCUGGCCUUCUUCCUCCCGACCAUCGUCAGCAACAUCUACCCGACCUUCACGACGAUCCAAAAGCAGCUGUACAGCGUGCCGCCCUACGUUGUCGGGGCGGUCUUUACCCUUGCCUUCCCCGGGUUGAGUUGGUACCUCGAUAGGCGGCAGCUGCUCAUCGCUUUGAGCGCGCCGAUGGUCAUGGCGGGGUACAUCAUGUUCCUCGCGUCAAAGGUCGCUCGCGUCCGAUACGGGGCGACUUUCCUCAUCGCCAGCUCUGCCAUGGUUUUGGGCCCCAUGUCCAACGCCCACAUCAGCGCCAACGUCGUCAGCGAUACGGCCCGUAGCAGCGCCAUUGGUCUUAACGUCAUGUUCGGCAACGUGGGCGGCCUUAUAUCGACAUGGUCGUACCUCAGCUGGGACGCGCCCGACUUCCACAUCGGCAACGGCCUCAACCUCGGCACGUCGAGCAUGAUUUUCAUCCUGGCGACUGCCGCGUGGUUCUGGAUGAAAGCGGAUAACAAGCGCCGCGAUGAUCGGAGUAUCGAAGAGGAGCUUGCGGGGUACACCGAGCAGGAGAUUCGGGAUUUGGAUUGGAAGCACCCUGCUUUUCGGUGGAGGACCUAA